AUGGCGGACAACAGUCAAGAAAUUACCAACGAAAACAUGGAUAUGGAAUGUGAUUUCCCCGAGGAGCAACCAUCGCAAGACGUGAUCCAGAAGGUGAUGGAGCAAGUGCAUGAGAUGGUGGAGCAGAAUAAGUUCACCGUGUUGCAUCGAGUAAUAGAGCUAAGCAUUGAGCACAUAAAUCAGAAAAAGGAAAUCAUGAAGUUGCAGCAAUCCAUCAAGAAAGUGCUGGAGGAGCGAAUGCAGACCAAAAGCGAUCUGUUCAUACAGCACAACUUUCAGAAAAAUGUACAACAAAUCGAGGAUUUGAAUCGUACAACCUCCGUACGCGUACGCGAAAAAUUGGAAACCAUCAAUGAGCUCAUCAAAUCGAACGAAGCGCUUCGCGCACAGCUCAAGGAAGACGAUGGGAUGGCUCGAUUGGAAAUGGAUGAGAUUAAGAAGCUAUUGGACGCACUAACUGGAAAAGCGAAUAGCCUAGAGCAUAGUGUUAAGAAAGGAGAAAAUCGACUGAAAGAUUUAAGCCAACUGGUCCAAAAUGCGUCGGCAGAGAAAGACAAAAUUCAGCAAGAAUGUCACGCCAAGGAAUGUGAAAUGAGUGCUACAUUAUCGAAACAGGCAGAUAUUAUGCAAACAAUCAAAAAUCAAUUAAUGGAAAACAAAUCUAAAAUUCAGCAGCUCGUCGAAGAACUGCAGCGUGAACAGCAAAAGUUGCGCGAACAGACGGAUGCUUACGAUCAACUACAAGCAGAGAAUGAGACACUUCAAAAUAGCUUCCAUCAGCUGAAGCAAACAACCGAGGCUGAGCUGGAAAAGAAAAAUGAAUACUUUACCAAACAAAUUGAAUUUUCGGAAAAAUCAUUUGAUGAUAUGAUAGUGGAAAAAGAGAAGCUGAUUGAAGACAUGACAAACAACAUGAAAACCCUGGACACAAAAUGCAAAGCCACUGAAGAACGUAUCAAUGAGCUGAACGAUAAGCGAUCCAAGUUGGCGGACGAGCUGCAGAAAUCCAAAGAACGUAAUGUCAAGCUGAAACAAGAGCUUGGCAAAUUUAAUCGAAGCAAACAGCAGGACAUGGAGCUCGCAAAACUACAGGAAGCCGUCAAAGCUGCCAAGCCGAACAAGAUCUUGAACAACUGCCAAAAAAAGAGCGUGCUCAUCAAAGCAAAGCACGGUGAAAAAGGAGGACCGUCGAAGGACCCAAUGUGUGUUAUCAGCGAUAGCGAUCUAUCUGAUUCCUUCGAAAAAUCGGUCUACUUUGAGGGCAAACUUUAG